UAUAUAAAUGCUUAAAUUGAAAUAAAAUUUUACUGGGCGUACGUACACUAACAAAUUAAAUUGUAAUAUUCUAAAUGAGUACCAUGGAUGAAAUUGAAGAAGAAUCAAGAUUAGCGGCUGAAAAGAUGGUUAUGAAUAUGAUGCAAAGGCCAGGCCAGUUAGAGAAAGUGGAGCAAUACAAAAAGAGAAUAACACACAAAAAAGCAUCAAUCGAAGCUCAACUAAAAUCUGCAGUCCAAGGCAAACUUGAUGGAGUCCGAGUUGGUUUAAGGCAAUUACAAGAAUGUCUGGAUGAUGUUCAACAAAUAAGUGCAAAGAUGGAUGAGUUAGAAGAUUUGUUAAAGGGUGUUCCACCCCUUGUGGCCUCAUUGCAAGCUGUAAGAGAAGAAGAUUCACGCCACUCGCAGUAUGUUACUGCCAUGGACAGCUUAAAACAUAUUUUUACGGUACCUGAAAGUGUUGCCAAAACAAAACAAUGGAUUGGGGAAGGAAAGUUGUUGCAUGCUCAUCAGUGUUUAAGUGAUUUGGAGAAUUCUCGAGAUGAUUUGUUGUAUGAAUUACAUAGAUUACCAAAUCAGUCUUCUCAUGACAAAAUCAUGCUUAAAGCAUACUUUGAGGAUGUUGAAAUGGUUUCAAACUUACUUGAGAAGCAAAUUAAGCUCAUUUUAGCUAGAACACUAAAUACAGUUCGCAAGGAACCAACGGUUAUCGUGACCGCCCUUAGAAUUAUUGAGGGAGAAGAGAAGAGGGAUCAAAUGGCACUACAGCAACAAGACCAAUCAGGAUUUAUGCCUCCCGGAAGACCUAAAAACUGGCGAACAAAAGCUUUCGAAGUAUUAGAAUGCGCCGUCGCACAACGCGUUGAGGGUACUCGCGUUGACGAGCGCGAAGACAACAAGCUGUGGUUGAUCCGAUACCUAGAGUUAACUAGGCAACUUAUUUUGGAGGACUUGAGAGUUGUUAAGACUUUAUGCGUUCCAUGUUUUCCCCCACACUAUGAUAUUGUCAAUAAAUAUGUGAAUAUGUACCACACUUGUUUGUCUUCUAGCUUACAAGACAUAGUUCAAAAUGGCUUGGAAGGCAAUGAAUAUGUUACACUUUUGUCCUGGAUCCUAAACACCUACCCCGGUACUGAGCUAAUGGGCAGCCCUGAAGUUAAUGUCGAUGUAUCCACGCUACCGCCUCUUUUAAGUGAAGAGACCAUGCAGAAAUUGCAAGAUGAAUACUUGCAGAAAAUGGAGUCGAACUACAUGGAGUGGAUGGAGAAGACUUUGGAGGCGGAGCGCGCGGAGUGGGCGGGCGAGCGCUCUCCCGACGUGGAGCCGCACACGCGCGCCUUCCACACGCACGCGCCCGUCAUCAUCUUCCAGAUGAUCGACCAGAACCUGCAGGUCACGGAGACUAUAAGCAAGGAGAUCACUUUUAAAGCAUUGUUGUUGAGCAUUGACCAAGUGACACGUUUCGGCAACAUGUACAGGGAGGGUGUCAUACAGUUCAAGAACGCGCACUUCGCGGACCGGUCGCGCGUGGCGUACUUCACGCACCACAUGAUCACCAUCGUGAACAACAGCGAGCAGAUGGUGCGCCUGGCGCAGCAGACGCAGGCGCGCCGCUGGCCGCCCGCCCGCCACCACCCGCCCGCCGAGCGCAGCUUCGAGCGCCUGCUGGCCACCUUCCAGAGUUUGAGAGAUGAAGCUGCAAAAUUCCUUUUGGAAGAGGCUUUUUUGGAUCUAGAAGAACAUUUUGACGAUCUGUUCACCUCGAAAUGGCUCACUUCUAGUAUACCGGUAGACACGAUCUGUGUCACGCUCGAAGAUUAUUUCCAAGAUUACAACCAUUUGAGAGAGAAAAACUUUGAGUAUGUUAUAAACGAAGCACAAAACCUCGUUUAUAAAAAAUAUAUAACGGCAAUGCUUUCAAAGAAAAUUACGUUUAAAACCGUGGAGGAGGCUCAACAGGCUGCCACUAAAAUAGUUAAAGAAGCAAAUCAAAUAAGAUCGUUCUUUCGAAGAAUUGCGUCAAACGCUGAAGGUAUUAAUGUAGAUUGGCCUUUCGAAGUUAUCAGCGUGCUAGCGGAGGUGCUGCGGUGCCAGGACAUCGAGAUGCUGUCGCUGGACCUGCACGGGCUGCUGGAGAAGUGCCCGGACGUGUCGGAGGAGCAGCUCGUGCGGCUGCUGGCGCUGCGCGGGGACGUGCCGCGCGCGCACGUGCGCGACACCGUGGCGCACGUGCGCGCCGCGCGCCAGCCGCCGCGCGCGCCGCCGCACCCCGCGCUGCCGCGCCUCUUCGCCGACAUCUCUUUCGGCGACCGCCUGCUGGCGCACUUCACGCUCUAAGCCUACCCUCAUUUCGACUUCCAGCGGGGCUGCUCCAUGAGUAGUUCACUGAGGUAGAGCCCGACUGCGGACUACUUCGACCUUACAGAAGACCACAGC